CAUCCGGGACACUGAGCAGUUUCACAUGUCAGUUGGUUCAGCUGUCAAGAUUGUCCUGCAUGAAGAGAAGCUCCCGCAGAUAGUCAGGGUUUUCACCACGUCUUUCAGGAGAAGAGAUGGCGCUGAUGGGGGUUCAGCUGGUGGUCAGCUUGCUGGCUGCCAGCAUUAUGCAGAGGAUGGCUCCACAUUGCUCAUUUGCGCGCUGGCUCCUCUGCAACGGCAGUUUGUUCCGGUUCAAACACCCAUCAGAGGGAGAGCUGUGUGCACUGGCAGGAAAACAGAUGCCCAAACAGAACAGGAGAGACAGGAGACAAAAUGGGGAGAGCAAACCUCUCACUGUGCCCAAAGACAUCGACCUUCACCUGGAGAAAGCUCCAGUCAGCGUCAUUGAUGCCCUGGUGCUGCGUUUUUUCCUGGAGUACCAGUGGCUGGUAGAUUUCUCAGUCUAUGCAACAGGCGUCUUCCUGUUCACUGAGUGCUAUUACCAUGUGGUGGAUGCCAGCAAAGAGGUCAAUAUUGGCGCUAUCUGGUGUGUUCUGACUGUUCUCUUCAGUCUAAAGACCCUUCACACUCUGAUGAGCCACUACUUCCGCUCUGAAGAGGGUGGCGAGCGAUCAGUGUGCCUUGCCUUUGGCUUUUUGUCUCUGCUUGUGGCCAUGCUGGUGCUGGUGGUCAGAGAGGACUACCUGGAGUUUGGCCUGGAAUCAGGCUUUUCUAGCCUUUUUGACAACUUGGAAAUCUUUGCCAAACAGCAGGGCUACGCCGACUGGUCAAUCCCGGUGACUAAGCUGACAGUGAAGCUCGGUCUGGCUGCUGUCUGUGCUUACAUUGGUGCUCUGCUGGCCUUCCCUGGACUGCGACUGGCUCAGACUCAUCUUGAUGCUGUACAGAUGAACUCAGACAGGCCAUUCAUCCAGAUUCUGCUGCACAUGAGUUUCAUGUCUCCAGUCAUUGUGUUGAUUCUGUGGGUGAAACCCAUUGCAAGAGACUUCCUGGCCAACGCACCCAUGGGAAAGACCUCUGUCACAAUAGUGCCCAGUGCAGUAUUUGACAGCAUGCGUCUGUGGAUCAUCGUGGUGCUGUGUGUGCUGCGCCUAGCACUGACUCGUUACCACCUGCAGGCCUACCUCAACCUGGCUCAGAAGUGGGUGGAGCAGAUGAAGAAGGAAGCGGGGCGUAUCGCUGCCAUUGACAUUCAGAGGAAGGUUACACGUGUGUUUUGCUAUCUGACUGUAGUCACUCUCCAGUAUCUGGUUCCUGUUUUGCUCAUCCUCUUCUCCACACUGUCACUCAAGGCGCUAGGGGACUUCUCCUGGGGAAUGGGUGCAGAGGAAACCCCUGGGGUGACACCGGCACUGGUGAUGCCCACAGCAGCACCUGUGCUGCCUGGCGGUCUCGAUGAAGACGAAGAGGGGGUGGAAGACAUGGAGGAAGACAUCCAGGCUACUGUAGCUCACCUCUCGGCGACUUUCGCAGCACUGCGGUCUGUCCUCACCCCGCUUUUCUUCCGAGGCUUCUUCGCCUUCCUCACCUGGUGGGUGGCCGCCUGCCAGGUCAUCAGCUCUCUGUUUGGCAUCUACUUCCACCAGUACCUUAUGCAGAGCUAAGUGAGGAAAACAGGGGGGCAUACUGCUCUACCUGCAAUGCAACUCUAGCCUUCAGCUACUGUUAUAAUGUUGCAAAGGAUUCCUGCUGCAUAGAGGGGACAUUUCAUUAAAACACACACCUACAGACAGAAUGCACCAUGUUGUUGGGUCUAACAGAAGAAUCGAUCGAGGUUUGUUGAGAGCAGAAUGGUGGUGGACACUGUCUGUUGCAAUAUCAGCUCCCUCGUUGCUCUCAUGACUAUUUAUGGCCAGCAGGUUACUGGUAUCAAUAACACCCAUGUAAAGAGAGAACGGGAGCCUUAAUCAUGAAGCAAGUUUCACUUAGUCUGGCUUUCUUUGGGCACUCGUUGACAAAUGGUAUCACGACCUGGUCACCUAUCAGCUGGCUCAGUUCACUCUUCACUAAUCCAGUUAUGAGCUGGAUUACAUGCAACAUCAAAAGAGCUAUGAGUGAAGUACUUAAUAUGACACAGUGAUACCUGUGGGAAAAUAAGGUUAUUGUGAUAGCAUUAGGUAAUACUCUGCGAGGUGAAAUACACCGAACAUAAUCACACAUGUAGAAUAGAAUAAUAAGCCGUAGAGAGAGCAAGAAUAAUUUCCAAAUUUUCAAAAUAAAGCUGCAAAUAGAUAUAGGAAUUAUAAUGUAGGCUGUUUCAAUAUGUAAAGUGACAUUUUGGUGCUUUUUUGUCUCAUUAUGUACAAACUUUAAUCUACUUAAAUUGCUGCUAAAGAUACAGAUUGAAAAAUAAAAUAAAUAAAGAAAUAAAAGCAUGUUAAAGUCUAUCUGACCAAAAUGUUACACAAUUUCCUGAGUCUGAGAAACAGUGAACGCAAAGUUGCGCACUUGUUAGUAUGCAGCUAUAAUAAGGGUUAUAGGUUAUUAUUGUGGUAAACUAUCUGCUAUUUAAAAGUCCUGUUUAAAACACAGAUUGUACACUCGUUCAUAGAAAGCAGAGUGAUUCUACUAUGUCUCUGUUUCUCUUAAUUACUUCUUCUUUAUUGUGAACUCAGUACUUUUGUCCACAUCAAGAUUCUGUAGAAAUGAUGACUCAGUUUUCCCAGUGAGCUGACUGGUCAGGUUAGCCCCACAGCACAGGUUACUAUGGUGAUCUGUCAGUCAACAGUGAGCCCUGCUUUGUAAUACCAGAAAACCUGAGUUAAACCCAGAGAUAGCUGGCUACUCCUCUGAUCUUGCUUUAUGAUCCCCAGUCAUCUUUCAGCUACUUUAGCAGAACAUUUCUUCUGCAACUUUUCAGACAAAUCUAUGCCUGUGUUACCCGAAUGGUUCUUACCAGAACAUUAUUAAAUGCUGCAUACUGUAUAAGAUAUUUAAUGGUACCAGGUUGAGUAUUAGUACUUGUCCAAGUGUAGAUAAGACACUUUAUUUUUGUGAGGGACUCUUUGUCCCCCUUAAGGAACCGAUUCAAGAGUGCUAAAUGGUUUUGGUUUGUUUUUGUGAUCUUUUUCUGCUUUAAUGCUUUAAUUGCAAAGAAAUAGUAAAGCUCAGACCCAGCCUACUGAGUUAAACACAGCUGAGCACGAGUGAGAAUGUGUAUUAGCCAAGAACUGUUGCUUUUAUAUAAAGAGUUUCCUUCAGAAUUCCUAAGUGCCUGGGAGCUCAGGGAUUUUGAGUCAGUUUUAAAAUCCCCUUCCUCCCUGCUCAUGUGUAUUUGGAAUGAAUAGAAUCUGUUGAUAGAUUAAAAUUAACACUCCAGACUCAGUUCUGUUUUUCCUGUGAUUUUCAAACACUAAUCACUGGCAACAUUUUUUGUUGAAGUGUUUUCAUUAGCAACAUGUAUUUUUAGGUUUUGCUGUUUUUAUUUCCAAUCAGUUGUGUACAUGUAGGAUUAAUCAAAGUCUACUUUAAAUCAGUGUGGUAGCUGUGUAUUUUAUUUAUUUAUGACACAUCGCCCCAAAUAACUUUUGUUAUUUGGAAAUGAUACAGAUGCUGUAAUUCUGUACUUUUUUUGUAUUCUGUUUUGGCAAGUUUUGAUUUUGAGUCUUUUGCUUUUUUUUUUUUUUUAAUUUGUUUUUUUUUUUUGUUGUUGUUGUUUUUUUAGAUAGCAUAUUUGAAUUGAAUGCUCUGAAAUCAUUGUACUGUGAAGUUCAUAUGAAAAUGUAGCUUUUUGAGAUUUUCUGAAUGCAUGGUGUGCAAAGUUUUUGGCUGUAACCUGAACAUUUAGUUUUGUUUGUGUGGCAAUAAAAACAUUAUUUUCA